AUGCUAUUUGGAAUAAGAGAGAAAAUGUUAGAUAAGAAAAAGUUGUUGUUGUGUUUUUGUUUACUGCUAACUAUCCAUAUUACUUGGGGUCAAUCUGAAAUACAGGCACCCACAUCAGAAUUACUUCAAGAAUUAGCGCAGUAUCGUCAGCAAUUUAGAAGAACUAUUGAUGGUAGACUAUGUGCAGCUGUUUUUGUUCAAGACUUUCAGACUUAUACUGAUUGUACAAUAGCAAGAUCUCCCGAUGGUACAUCAGGGAGAGAGUGGUGUUAUGUUGAACCUCAAGUAGCAGCUCAGGGUGUAAACAACUGGAACUACUGCUUACCAAUAGUAAAUUAUGACUUAGUUCGUGCAAAAGCUAGUGAAGCUUUUGAAAUAAAGGUCAAGGAAUCUGGAAAUAUUGCAAAGCAGUUAGAUAAUCAAGCUGCUAGACUAAUGGAUAUUUUGGAAAGAUACAAUAAUACCUGUGGUUCACAGCAAACUAUCGUAAGUAGCCGUUUAGACCAUAUUGAAACUUUAAUUCAAAAAGGUCAACAUUGUCUAAAUAAAAUUGAGGAGUCUAUCACUAAGAUAGAUGUAAUAAAGACAAAUAUUGAUGAAUUAGAAAAGGAUAUUGCUAGGGAUAGAGAUUUGGCAUUGAGUCGUCCAGAAAAUUGCGAGUUACUCCCAGGCUAUGAAGAUAUUCCCUUUCCUGAUGGAUUGAGAGGUGUUUAUUAUGAUAAUCCAACAUUUGAGGGAACCCCAAGAAAUUAUAGAACUGACAGAAAUAUCAAUAUGAUGUAUAUUUCUAAAGAUCCUAUUGAUGGAGUUUCAAAUCAACAGUUCUCAGUGCGAUGGGAUGGUUUCUUGCUAGCACCUGAGUCAGGACGAUAUUAUUUUAGUAUAGAAGCAGAUUGCGGUGCAAGAGUAUUUUUAGGUGGUAGGGUAAUAAUAGUUGAUAGGAUGCCACAGCCAUCUUCUGGAGAUGCUACUGCUGAAAGACCUGUUCCAAUUUUGUUAGAAGCUAAGUAUGAUGGACCACACAAAGUUACAUCAGUUGCACAAGAGUUAAUUGGUGGUCAGAAAUAUCGCAUUAGAGUUGAAAUGUUCCAUAGUAGUCAUUUGAGAUUCUCAAAUCCAGAUAUGGCAUCUAUCAAAUUGAUGUGGCGUACAUCUACAAUUCAAGAACAAAUUAUACCAGGUGCAUAUUUCUAUACAGGUAAUCCUCAUCAACCACUCAAGCUAUCUGGUGUGAAUCCAGUAUUUUAUGAGAUUUCAACUUUAAGGAAUGGUGAACUUGCACACAAAAAUGCCGACAACUAUUAUAUUGCGGAUGUACCAAGCAAUUUUGAAGGUUUGAAGAUGUUGAAAACAUUGCCAAAUCCAGAUUUACAUGAAAUGAAUCUGCAUGUAAAUCAGCCCUGCACAUUAUUUAUUGCAGCUGACGUUACUGAAAAGCUACCUAUUUCAUCUGAAUCAUUACAAUUUGUUCAUACUGAUUCUGUCUUAUCUGUAUACAAGACUGAUAGCAAGGAUAAUAGUAAAGCUAGUGAGACACAGACAAUGAAGGUAGCAAAAGUAUACAUUCCAAGGGCUGGUGAGGUAAAAUUAAAAGUGGAUAAUUCAAAACCAUUUAUUUUAUUUUUCCAGCAAAAUAUGGAGCAAAUAGAAGAAGAAUUACAGUGUUCAGAAGAAUUACUUUUAAGUACAAAGGAUUUUAUUGAAUCAGUGAAGUCAUCUUCAGCAGAGAGCUCAGAGUAUACUGGUGAAUAUGGUCUUGGAGGUAAAAAUACUGAUACUCCAUAUGGUACAUGGAAGACUUCUAAGGGAAACACAAUUGGUGAAAGUUUGCUAGUCAAAUUUAAGCAGCCUGUGAAAAUCACAAGUUUCCAGUAUAUUCCACUUGAUAAUCCAUCUUUCUGGCCAUCAUCGUUGACAAUGCACAUUAAGCAACAAAUAGAUGAAACACAUGAGACAACUGUGCAAGAGAAAUUCCAUUUAGCACAUUCAACAAAUCCAAAACUACAUAGAUAUACAUUUCAGUAUCCAAUAAUUAGUAAAGAACUUAAAAUUGAGAUCUCUCAAAUGUUUGUUGAUGGAAGUCAGACAGGUGGCUCAUUCAUAAUUUACGGGGAAAGUUGUCAAGUGAAAUCUAAAGAGAAAGAAUAG